AUGCCCCGUCCUCUCACAUACCUACAUAGAAUCCUGCAAGGAGAAGACCCCUCUGUAUAUGCUUCUUGUGGCUGUCUUCAACCUAUAAAGAUGAAGACCUUUGACUCGUUGACUGGUAAGUUUGUUGACUCUGUUGUUGACUGCGGAAAGUGCUUUAACUGCACGAAUCAGCACCGUAAUGAAUGGGUAACCCGAAUGACGCUUCACUCUCUCUACUGGCAGUACUGCUACUUUGUUACUCUGACCUAUGGCUCGUACAACCUUAAUCCCUAUAAAAAUCAUCCCUUCAAAGGUGAUUGGCUUGAUACGUUCCCGGUUCUUGAUUCACAUAACUCUUUUCACGCUCCCCGGUGGACUCCUUCCCUUAUCAUACACGAGCACCUGACUAAAUACCUCAAACGUCUCCGCUCCCGGUUAGAAGAUAACCCUAUUUCCUAUGCUGCUUGUGGCGAAUUAGGUUCUACCUACGGACGUCCUCACUUCCACCUUAUUGUAUGGUCUCGGCAUCCUAUUUCUACUGUUGAAUUUAGAGAUGCCUGGUCCUACAAGUGUGUCAAAACUGGCGACCCCUUGGAUAUACGUGCCUACAGAGGACAGAAUGUUACACCUUUCUCUUUCUGUAUCGGUAAUGUGGAUGUUGUUGACCUUGUUGCCAAUGGUACGCUCAACCUCCAACAGGAUUAUCCCGGUUCUGACAAAGUUAGUGCCCGCAAGUGCUUUGCCUACGUUGCUAAAUACAUUGGUAAAACUAAAGAUAUUGCCGGCUGUGCCUAUGACCGUUACCGUCAGGCUUAUAUCAUGUCGCCCUUGGAUGAUAACGACCCCCGGUUAGAUACGGAUAAAAAGAUUCCCCUUGAGGAUACUCUCGGCUCUUAUGAGUGUUACAAAGAUAAAGACCCCGAGGACUUUGUAGAGUCCUGCUAUCAUAAAAUUUAUAAUAAUGGAUUGCUUUAUGAAAAAGUUGAUUUUGCGAAAUUCAAACGGAUUUAU